CCUAGGAGAGCCUCAGGGCCAGUGUUGGGACCAGACGUGUUCCAUAGAUCGCAGAGCCACAUCCCUGCACACACCGCUGACUUUGGACCCUGGAUCCCCACGUCCUGUUUGCGCCUGCUGGUUCCUGAGUCCCCCAUCUGUGCUGUUGGAUCCUAGACCCCGGAUCUCCAGGCCACCGGAUCCCCAUCCACACUCCACCACCCUCCCCUCAUCUGGAUCCCAGACCUCGGAAUCCUCAUCUGUGAUCCCAGACCUCCACCCGCGCUCUAGACCCCUGAGUUCCGAUACACACCUCGGCCAUGCUCCACCUCGGGGUCUGGCUGCUCAGCGUGUGGUGGCUGCAGGUGGCUGCCCCUAGUCCCCCCUUGCCCCACGUGGAGCAAUACGAGGUGGUGAGGCCCCAGCGCCUGCCAGGUCCUCGUGCCCGCAGAGCCCUGCCCUCCGGCGUGGGCCUGUACCCAGAGAGUGUGAGUUAUGUCCUUGGUGCCUCAGGGAACACCUUCACCCUGCACCUUCGAAAGAACAGGGACCUGGUGGGCUCGGGCUACACGGAGACCUACACAGCUGCCAAUGGCUCCCAGGUGACCGAGCAGCUGCAGAGGCAGGACCACUGCUUCUACCAGGGCCACGUGGAAGGGCACCCUCUCUCCGCUGCCAGCCUCAGCACCUGUGAUGGCCUCAGGGGCUUCUUUCAGGCAGGCUCGGCUGUGCACCUGAUUGAGCCUCUGGAUGGAAGCGGGGAAGAGGGGCAGCACGCGCUCUACAAGGCACAGCACCUGCAGCAGAAGGGGGGGACCUGCGGGGUCAGCAACACCAGCCUGGAGAGCAUGCUGGGCCCCCGGACGUUGGCAGCCUUCAGGCCCCGGAACCGGCCACUAUCCCGAAAGACCCGCUUUGUGGAGCUAUACGUGGUCACGGACAGCAGAGAGUUCCAGAAGCUGGGGAGCAGAGAAGCUGUGCGCAGGCGGGUGCUGGAGGUGGUGAACCACGUGGACAAGCUUUAUCAGGAACUCAAGUUCCGCGUGGUCCUGGUGGGCCUGGAUAUCUGGAACCACGGGGACAAGAUCCAGGUCAGCUCCGACGCCGGCGCCACACUGGACAACUUCCUGGCCUGGCGGGCACAGAACCUGGUGGGGCGGCACCCUCACGACAACGUCCAGCUCAUCACUGAUAUCGACUUCGCCGGGGCCACUGUGGGACUGGCCAAGGUGUCUGCCAUGUGCUCCCAGAACUCAGGGGCUGUGAACCAGGACCACAGCCCGAACCCCAUCGGUGUGGCAUGCACCCUGGCCCACGAGAUGGGUCACAACCUGGGCAUGGACCACGAUGAGAACGUCCAGGGCUGCUACUGCCCCGAGUCACGCACCAGGGGCGGCUGCGUCAUGGCCGGCAGCAUCGGCUCCACGUUCCCCACCCUGUUUAGCCAGUGCAGCCAGGACGACCUGGAGACGUUCGUGGAGAAGCCCCGUAUAACCUGCAUCGCAAAUGCUCCAGACCCCGACCGCCUGGUGGGCGGCCCCGUGUGCGGGAACGGGUUUGUGGAGCAAGGGGAGCAGUGUGACUGCGGCUACCCCCAGGACUGUCGGGACCGCUGCUGCAACACCACCACCUGCCAGCUGGCCGAGGGGGCCGAGUGUGCCCAUGGUGCCUGCUGCCAUGAGUGCAGGGUGAAGCCGGCCGGCAAGCUGUGCCGCCCCGGCAAGGACGCCUGUGACCUGGAGGAGUACUGCGAUGGCCAGCGGCCCUCUUGCCCAGAAGACACCUUCCAGGAGAACGGCAUGCCGUGCCCGGGGGGCUACUGCUACAACGGGGCCUGCCCCACGCGGGCCCAGAGGUGCCAGGACUUGUGGGGGCCAGGCACACAGACUGCCCGGGAGACGUGCUACUCCUUCAGUGUCCUACCAGGCUGCCAGAGCAAUGCCCGCCUUGGUGCCGAGAGGGCCGGGUGCGAGACCCUGUUCUGUGAAGGUGGGCAGAAGCCUCCAGAGCGGGCCUCCUGCACCUUCACCUACAGCUCAGCCGUUUGCCAGGCUCUUAACCUGGACGGUGGCUCUGGGUUUGAGCGGGUGCUCGAAGGCACCAAGUGUGGCGACGAGAGGGUGAGUGACCAGACACAAGCCUGGACGUGCCCCCUGAGGCGCUCAGGCCACUGGACUCCAUGUCCCCAACGUGUGUCCCGCAUGCACGCUCAGGUGUGUUGGAAAGGACUGUGCCAAGACUUCCACGUUUACCGGUCCAGAAACUGCUCCGCCCAGUGCAAUGGCCAUGGGGUGUGCAACCACAAGGGCCAGUGUCACUGCCAACCGGGCUGGGCCCCACCCCACUGCACAGAGCUGCUGGCUGAGUUGCGCGUAGCAUCCGGGAGCCUCCUGAUGAGCGUACUGGUGCCUGUGGUGCUCCUGGUGACCCUGGCACUCACCGUGUUGGGCGUGGUCGUCUACCGCAAGGCUGGGAGCCACAUCCGAGGGAGGAACGUGACACCCAAGACCGCCAUGGGGCUCUCCAACCCCCUGUUCCAAAAGAGGGGCUUCGGGCCAGAGAAGGGCAUGGCUCCGGCCCCCACCACGCACUCCCCAGAGCCGGUUACUCCCAUGUAUGCCAGCCACUCCGGCCCGCUCCCCCGGCCCACAGCUUCUGCAGUGACCCCUACACGGCCACCCCCUGCUCCUCCGGCCACCAUGUCCAGCCCACCCUUCCCAGUUCCCAUGUACAUCCAGCAGUCCCCAGCCCAGCUCAGACCUGCUCCUCCCACCAAGCCCCUCCCGGAGCAGAAGCCCAGACAGGUGAUCAAGCCAACCUCCGUGCCCCCAAUGCCACCAGCCAAGCCCAAGGCUGGAGGGGCCAACCCUGGAACCACUGAGGUGAGCCUCCCCCGCCAGAGCAGUGUCACCUGCAGGGGCAGUGGAGCAGGCUGACCAGGGCACUGCCCCGGAGGGAGUUGGCCCAAAGGUUGCCCUGAAGCCCCCCGUCCUAAGGAGAUGAUGCCCCUUGGGGCACCCGCACACCUGUCUGCAAGCUGUUCAUGUUGAAAGAACCCGGUGCCAGCCCCUGCAGUGCCCCCAUAGUGGGCUGGGCCCACUCUGAAAAGUCCCAGCAGACGAGCUACUUCCUUGUGGCCAAGGUCUUGCUUCAGCACCCCAGGGUCACAGCCGAGGGCCGCUCGGUCAGGACUCUGCUGGGGUUCCUGACUCUCACCCACGUUGGCCACACUCAGCUCCCCCAGGCUGGGGCUGCUGCGUGGCCUGCGAAUGGGUGUGUCCGACCGCACUGCUGUGCCCCCCAGGCCCCCCAGGUGGAAGGCCCGUGUGCUGUGCUUCCCAGUCCUGCUGGUGUGCUCCGGCACCCCCAGACUGCAAGCCCCUCAAUUUUCAGAGCCUGUUUCCCUGCUAUUUAAAAAAAAAGUAUGGUUUUACGAUUAAAUUAUUGAUCAACUUUUAAAUGACUGGAGAUUUUUAUUGGGUGGAAUUCAAUUUGUAAUAGUUAAGGUUCCAACGCGUGUUAAAAUAAAAUGUGCACUGUUCAA